AUGGGAAGCUUACUCUAUCCUCCUCCUCCAUUCUCUUACUCCCAAAAUUCGUCUUCUUCUUCGUCUCUACUAUUUUCGGGAAACAAUUUACAGCAUCCCAUUAAUUUCUACCCAUCAUUAUCACGCAGCUCUAAUUUUUCCAAGAAUUUCUCCCCUGCAAAAUUCAAUGUAAGAACGAUUAGAUCUUUGAGGGACUCAAGAAUCUUCAGAUCCAAUUGUUCUGCAGAAUCAGCAAAGGCUUCUGAAGUAGUGGUGAAAGAGAAAAGUGUUUCUGUUAUUCUGCUCGCUGGAGGGAAGGGCAAAAGAAUGGGGGCAAGCAUGCCAAAGCAGUAUCUUCCACUUCUAGGACAACCGAUUGCUUUAUACAGUUUCUACACUUUCUCAAAGAUGCCUGAAGUGAAGGAAAUUGUAGUUGUAUGUGAUCCUUCUUAUCAAGACAUUUUUGAAGAUGCCAAGCAGAAUAUCCUUGUGACGCUCAAAUUUGCUUUACCCGGAAAGGAGAGACAAGAUUCUGUAUACAGUGGAUUAGAGGCUGUCGAUCCAAAUUCUGAACUAGUCUGCAUACAUGACUCUGCAAGACCUCUGGUGUUAGCUGGAGACAUAGCGAAGGUUCUACAAGAUGGUAGCCGUAUCGGUGCAGCUGUGCUAGGUGUUCCUGCUAAAGCCACAAUCAAAGAGGCUAAUACAGAAUCUUUUGUGGUAAAAACUCUGGACCGAAAAACGCUAUGGGAAAUGCAAACCCCUCAGGUUAUCAAGCUUGGCUUGCUUAAGAAAGGCUUUGAACUUGUUAAUAGGGAAGGACUUGAAGUCACAGAUGAUGUGUCGAUCGUGGAGCACCUUAGACAUCCCGUGUACAUUACUGAAGGAUCUUACACCAACAUUAAGGUUACGACCCCGGAUGAUUUAUUACUCGCUGAGAGAAUAUUGAACCCUGUGGCAUAA